AAGAUAAUGUUGUUUUUUUAUUAUAUUAAUUAAUGUAAUCAAUCAAAGUUUCUUGCCAUUGCAAUGUCAAUCUCGGUAACUUCCUAGAUUUAUAGCAUCUCCAAUCACAACUUUGUCGCCUUCAUCGUACGGUUCACGUUCAAGAACAUAAAAAUCAAACAUUUCACCAAUCAACAGUAGCUGUUGAGAUGCAAAUCGGUAGUUCACCCCUCAAUUUAUAUCCCCAUAUCCACCGGCACUAAUAUUUUAUAGCGUAUAGAAACCUGCUCCUUGGAAUUUUACAGAUUUAAGUCCCAGCCAAGGAAAGUCAACUAUCAAAUACGAUCUACCGCCACCAAGAUAUCUUGCUCAAAGAAAGAAAAAGAAAAUCAUUUGUGAGUGCUUCAUUGAUUGCCUUGCUUUCCCCUACAUUUAUGGCGGAAACGUUUCUGUUCAAUAUUGCAGAAAGGGUUGUCGAGAAAAUUGUCGUUCUCACGGUAGACGAAGUUCGCUUGGCGUUUAAUGUCAAAACCGAUCUGAAAAAGCUGGAGGACACCAUGAUCAGCAUUAAAGCUGUGCUCUUGGAUGCCGAGCGGCAACAGCACCAAAAUGAAAAGCUGCGCCUCUGUAUGUGGAAGCUCAGGGACAUCUUUUACGAUGCUGAGAACGUUAUUGACGAUUUCAAGUGUGAAGCUCUCCGCAAAGAGGACGCCAUCAAUCAUCCCAGCAUCAACAACUUAAAGGUGCGAGUUUUUGGUUCCUGUUGUUUGCCUCUUUCAUUCUCUUCAAAAAUGAGUCAUAAAAUCAAAGCCAUCAAUCGGAGGCUAGGCGAACUUGCCACUGAAUGGAACAGCUUUGAUCUAAGACAGUGUAGCGAAAACCGACAUGUUUUUCGCAGAGAGACUAUCUCUUUUGUGGAUUCUUCGGAUGUUAUUGGUAGAGAUGAGGAUAAAGAGAACAUUAUUAGUAUGUUGAUGAAACCAAGUGAGGAUCAAAAUGUCCCUGUCAUUCCCAUUGUUGGACUUGGGGGUUUAGGAAAAACCACGCUCGCUCAAUUGGCAUUCAAUGACGAUCGAGUUACUAGCCUUUUUCCUUUGAAGAUAUGGGUUUGUGUUUCGGAGGAAUUUGAUCUUUCUAGAUUGCUCAAGCUGAUUAUUCAGUCUGUAAAUAAGGAAGAAAGAUGUGAUGAUUUAACACUUGAAGCCUUGCAAGCUUGUUUGAGAAGCCUUUUGAAUCAUAAGAAGUUCUUGCUGGUCCUGGAUGAUGUGUGGAAUGAAAAUCAAGCGAAAUGGGUUGAAUUAAGAAAUUUGUUGAGAUCAAUGGAUGGAUUGUCUCAAAGCAAAAUCAUUGUCACCACUCGGAGUUGGAAAGUUGCUUCGAUAAUGAGUUCAAUUCCCGCUUAUGAAUUGAAAGGUCUCCAUCUUGAAGACUGUUUGGCUUUAUUUACAAAAUGGGCUUUUAAUGAUGGUGAUGAGAGACAAUAUCCAAAUCUCGUUAGAAUUGGGGAGGAGAUUGUGAAAAAAUGUAAAGGGGUUCCUUUGGCGGUAAGAACAUUGGGAAGUUUACUGUUUCAGAAAACGGAUAAAUCCGAUUGGAUCUAUAUAAGAGAUAAUGAAAUAUGGACACUUGAGCAGAAGGAGAAUGAUAUGUUCCCUGUGUUGAAGUUGAGUUACAAUUAUUUGCCAUCUCAUUUGAAACGAUGCUUUGCUCUUUUGUCCUUGUACAAAAAGGAUGAGAUGUAUUAUAGUGACAGAGUCAUCCAACUUUGGAUGGCAAAUGGACUCCUUGAGCAUCCAAAGCAAAAUCAAGAGUGGGAGGAUGUUGGCAAACGAUAUUUGAAUGAAUUACUGUCAAGGUGCCUCAUCGAAAAGGAGAGGGAUUUUGGCUUCUAUUUUAUCUUCAAAAUGCAUGAUCUGGUACAUGAUCUUGCAUUAGAUGUGUCUCAAAAAGAGUGUAAAACAGUGAAUUUUGAAACAGAAAGGGUUGAUGAAAAUGUUCGACAUUUAUUAUUAUGUGAUGAGAAGUUGGUUGAAGUUCCACGUGUUUUGGAAGAAAUGAAAAAUGUUCAAACAAUAAUCAUUCGAGAUGCUUCAGAGGAAUCAAAGACUAUUCAUGAAUCAGUUAUAAAUCUGUGUGUCUCCAAUUUCAAGUAUCUACGAGCAUUAGAGUUAAGCCAUUCACCAUUGGCGGCUUUACCGAAUUCCAUUGGUACCUUGAAGCACUUACGAGACCUUGACUUGGACGAAUGUAGGGGUAUACGUGAACUUCCGAGGUCUUUCUAUAAUCUUCGCAGCUUGCAAUCGUUAAAUUUGGGAGAUACUGGUUUGAAGCAGUUGCCCGACAGCGUGCAAAGGUUGAUUGAGCUUAGACAUCUAGUAAUAACCAUUGAAGCUACGCAUUUGAAAGAAAUACGAGCAGGAUGUUGGACUUCUCUUCAAUACUUGAAAUUGGUUCGGUGUAUCAAAUUAGAAUGUUUACCUGAAGGAAUGCAGUAUCUGAAGUCACUUGGGACACUUGUCUUGAGUUAUUGUAUUAGACUUGUCUCAUUGCCGUGGAGCCUGAAAUUCCUAACCAAGUUAGAACACCUUGAAAUAAUUGGUUGCUCUAAAAUCAAUUUAGAAAUGGAAGCAGAAGAGGAAGAAGAAAAAGACCUUCAGUUGAGCCUUAAAACUCUCUCACUCGAGAGUUUAUCUAUCUUAACUGAUUUGCCACGAUUGCUUCUUCAAGGAUCUUCUUCCACUUUGCAGCAGUUACGAAUUAGUAUUUGUCCACACUUGUCCGGUCUACCAGCGUGGCUACCGAAUUUCACUUCUCUUCAUAAACUAGAGAUUAUGGGUUGCAUUAAUUUGUCAGCUCUACCAGAGGGAAUAGACCGCCUCACCAACCUUAGAGAAUUGACAAUUGGAAGAUGUCCGCAGUUGAGCAAAAGAUACAAACAAAAUGGGGGUGAAGAUUGGCACAAAAUUGCUCACAUCCAAAAGAUUGAUAUUUUCGGAUGAAGAUUGAGCUAUGUGGGUUUUGGAAACAUUGCAUGUACGAAAUAUGAAGAUGGAGACGGAGAUGUGAAAUGUGAAGAUGGAGAUGGAAGAAUGAAGCAAAGGUUGAGGCUUUGACUUUAUUUGCUUUAUGCGAUGGAUCCAAACUUGUAAUGUUUGUUUGAUAUGUAUCAACUUUUAGCAUUAUACAUAUUUAUGUAUUCUCAUUGUUUUUCUUUAUGAUUUAUUAUUUUUUAUAUGACUUAAAUUUUUAUUAAAGAAAAAUACAAUAGAAGAUAAGAAGAAUUGUGAGGGCGAAUGCCCGAAGACCA